ACGGAAGGAUGACUCUCGAAUGAUUUAUGAGCUCUUGGCUCGCAGACUAGAGCACUCUCAGAGCUUGCAAAUUCCAGCUGAAGGGAAAUUGGAUCCCUGCAGUGUACCACUUGGACUCAGCAAUUUUGAUCCUUCGUGAGAUAAAAUGACAAUGAAGUUGUAUGGUGUAAUGCGUUCUCCCUUCGUCCAGAGUGUGGUAUUCACAUGUUAUGAAACCGAUACGGAGUUUGAGCUGAUACCUACUGAGAACGUCGUAGUCAGGACACCGGAGUUCAAGGCGAAAUUGAACCCGUUUGGGACAAUGCCUGCACUUGAAGACGGGGAUUUCACGCUAUUUGAAUCGCGAGCUAUAUCAAGAUACAUAGCCUCCAAAGCCGAUGCUCAGAGGGCAGGCAAUUCUCUCCUGGGUUCGACAAUCGAAGAGCAGGCCCUUGUUAAUGUCUGGAUUGACGUGGAGGCCCAGACCUUUUUCCCUCCUAUGAAGGACGCCGCUAUAGAGUGGACCUACAAAUUGGUCCCUGAUGCGGCUCUCGUGAAAUCCAGUCUUGAAAAGCUUGGAAAGAUUCUGGACAUUUACGAAGAUCAACUCACCAAGCACAAGUACAUUGCCGGGGACUUCUUCUCGCUUGCAGAUAUUUUUAAUGCCACUUUGGUAUACUUUUACAUGCGGUUCUCCAAUCCAGAACAGCAAGGUGAAUUCACGAACAGACCCCAUGUUCAUGCCUGGCUUCAAAGCAUAUAUGCCAGACCCGCAUGGCAGAAAAUUAUAGCAAUACCAGAGACUACAGACUGGUCUUUUCUCAAGAAAACGUAGAUUGGUCUAGGUGAUGCUCAUAGCAGCUGAUAGUAAACUUCGGAAAUUCCUUGUGAGGCUAAGCAAUCACAGAUUUUGGUUCCAAGCUGUACUUCGGGUGAUCAAGGUUUCAGCAGUAGUACAGUAGGGAUAGAUCAGUGGAGCUUGGAUGCUAAAAUGUAUGGAGCCGACGAAGUUUGGAGAAAAGUACAAGUUUUGUUUAAGUAUUCGUCAUCAGUACUCACCAUGCUUCCACGAUCCAUGUGAAUCCAUGUCCAACACCCUGCCAUGCGAUUAGUAAAGCUUCCGUCUACUGGUAGGGUGAAUGUUUUAGAGCAUCUACGAGGAUUGCACUUUCAGAAAUCAUUUACGUGAUAAAGCUUGUCGCUGA